AUGAGGACGUCUGCCCUCCUUCGCACAUCCUCCUUCCUCAUCUCUCGAUCUACACCCACCGCAUCCCUUACCAUCCCUCUCCUCCUCUCCUCGUCCACCCGCACCCUCGCCCUCUCCAGCAACAUGUCCGCCAAACGCAAUUCUGCCAACGCGCGUCUCAACCAGCUCACCCGUCAAAUCUCUUCCACCGCUUCCCACACCAUGACUGCUUCUCCUCCCAACCGAGCCUCUAGCGCGGGUGCUGGUAGUAUGGACGACGCCAAACUCGUCAAGCUUCUGUCCGAAGGUGGACUUCGCACCAUCCUCCUGAACCGCGAAAAGGCGCUCAACGCCUUGAACCAAGAGAUGGUCGACCUCAUCAACGCCGCUCUCGACGAGUGCAUCCGUUCCACCAACUGCAACGUCAUCCUUCUCCGCGGUGUCGGUCGAGCCUUGUGUUCGGGAGGCGACGUUUUGGCAGUCGUAAAAGCAGCCGAUUCGUCUGAUCCCAAGACUCGCAACACGGCAUUGGAUUUCUUCCAAUCCGAGUUCCAGCUGGACUACAAGAUCGCGAGGUUGGGCGAAGCGGCUAAUGCACACUCGGCAGGCGCCGGGGCUGAGGAUGCUAGGACGUUGGCCGAGUCGAAAGCCGGAGCCAAGAAGCCGAAGACGUUCGUCAGUGUCAUGGAUGGCAUCACAAUGGGCGGUGGUGUAGGGUUGAGUGUUCACGCUCCCUUCAGGUUGGCUACCGAAAGAACGCUUUUCGCCAUGCCGGAGACGGGUAUCGGUUACUUCCCGGAUGUGGGUGUUACAAGGGUGCUGGCCAGGCUGGAUGGAAAGAUCGGUCAGUACCUCGGCAUGACCGGUGCCAGGAUCUCCGGUGAAGAGGCAUACCUCAUCGGGCUGGCAACGCACUACGUCAGCUCGAGCAGCAUCGAUGCCGUCGCCCACAGGUUGAGCACCCUUCCCAGCGAAUCGGCACUCAACCCGAGCCUGGUUUCUUCCGCACUGCACGAAUUCGACGCCGACCCACUGACCGCAAAGGACACGCUCGCCAAGUCUGCCUUCUUCGGCGACCGUCGCAUCGCCCUCGACUACGUGUUCGGUCAGCUCUCCUGCGAAUCCAUCGUCAGCUGUCUCGAAGAAAUCUCUGCCGCAAAGUCCGACUCGCAAGCCGCAGCUGAACUAUCCCAACUCGGUUUCGCAUCCAUCACUCCCGAAGUGCAGCAGUGGGCGACGUCUACACUCAAGGAUCUCAAGACAAAGUCUCCGCGAUCGCUCAAGAUCACCCACCAGGCGAUCCUCGAGGCGAGGCGAUUCGAUGUGGAGGAAGCAUUCCGAUUCGACAUGCGUCUCGCCACCGCCUUCUGCGAUCUAUCCGUCGGCAGGGAUUUCCACACCGGCGUAACCCACGUCCUCGAACGCGACCCCGCCACCGGCAAGCGUAGAACAGGAAUCGCCGAUUGGCAACCUUCGUCUCUGGACAAGGUGUCGGAUACCCAGAUCCGUGCGUUGUUCUUCGCCGAUCUGGAAACCGCUAAGAAGGCAGGCUUGAAGCUGCAGUUGCCCGAGUUGAAGGAUAUUCCGGAUCCACCCAGCAGCAAGGAGGCUAGGCAGGCGAGGGACAGUCUGUUGAGGGGAAAGGGUCCACUCAAAUGGGAGCAGAGUCACAAUGUGUUUGCGCUGCCGAGCGAGGCUGAGUGUGCGGCAUUGUUGGAGGGAAACCACCCGGCCGCGGCGGCGGUCAAGCCGGACAGUGGCGAGUUGGUCGAUUGUCUCAAGAGACACAAGGGUAGUCUGCCUGGGUUGGAGUAUAAGGUCAAGGACUGGGUCGAGAGGAUGGACCGAAGAAGGGUUUAG